AUGACGACCGCACCGCAUUUGCCGGCUAAGGCACACAGCACUGAUGAUGUGCACCCACGGCCUAAAGGUAUCCUGAAGAACAGCAAGUCCUUCCAGUCUGCUCCCGUCCCUGCCCCAGCUGCAGUACCACCCGCCAUUCCAUCCAUCGCCGAACCCGAAGACACCAAGGAGCUCACUCUCCAAAACACCCUGGUAAACGCGGGACGACGUCGUUCGUCAUCCGCCGCAAACCCAGGCUCGUCUUCGCGCCGCCAAUCUCUCGCAAGCCAACACGACGACAACCAGCCUCGUCUGCAGUGGGAUGAAGCAAACCUGUACCUGACCGAGCAGGAGCGCACUGCGAAAAUGAAGAUCGACGAGCCAAAGACCCCCUACGCCCCGCACUACGACCCCGCCGAGGACGAGGAGGAACUCCGGCUUGCAGAGUCUAGGGGGAGUCUUAUUGAUGCGCAGGACGUGGUGGUUGAUGAACUCGAUAAGACCACUCAUGGUGACCACCAUAAGAAGGGUGUGUCGGAGGAUGAUAUUCCGGAUCUGGAGCUCGGCGAGGCUGAGGAAGGUCUGUCUGGUCUUGGUCAGGAGACUCCUGAACAGCGCAUUUAUCGUGAGCGGAGUAUGAGCGUGGAAUCUCAUAAGAGCGAUAAGCAUGUUGUCGUUGAGCCUGAUAUCAAUGGUGAUGCGCCUGCAAGUGGUGAUGAUCUUAUGACCACUGAAGAGGCCAAGGAGAAGCAUCGCCAGUUUGAGGAGCACCGGAAGAAGCAUUAUGAGAUGCGGAAUAUCAAGGAGUUGCUUGCGCACCCCGAGGAAGAAGAGGACGAAAUGGAAGAAGACGAGGACAUGACUGAACCCAGCGUCCCUCAAAUCCCCUCGCAGUUCCGCAACGGCGGUCGGUAA